UCAAUCUGACAUGAAAAAUAAAAUGACUAAUAAUACGACCUGUUGUGACACAAAACUUGACUGAAAAUUUAACUUUUUGUUAGAGAACUUAAAACUUAAUUUGAUUUGAAAUGAGUAGAUCUAAACCAACCCAAUGUUACCCAAACUCGAUUACUUGACGAGGAGUCUAAACUCGACUCCACUUGAUUCGACCGAACAUACUCUAUAAUACCUGGACCAAAUAUGUACACCCGAAAUAAACCGACCCAAAAUACCUGACCUAAGACCUGAUCCGAUCUAAAACUGAAACUCAACGACCCAAAACCCAAAGUGACCCUACUCGAUUUAACACCUGAAAAAAAAUGUUAGUACAUCAUAAUUAAACUAAUCUCAAAAUCUUUAGCAAACACUUAUACGACGUCGUUUAGAGAAAGGCCUGAAGCACACAUCAUUGGCAAGGAGUAGAGUAAUAGCGCGCCCACUUUCCAUUGUCUCUCUCUUACAUCUUCUUACCCCCCAACCCUAACCACCUACGUCAACUACUCUUCUUUUAGGAGAGAGAAAACUCUCAAUUUUCCAGACCUUACUCCUCCUUCAAUGGCGGACAAUCGAGGAGGUCCCCCCCUCUCUCCGGCUACUUCAAUGGCGUCUUCAUCGACUUCUUCUUUACAAACUCAAGCUCUAUUAUCGCAUUCUACUCAAUCAUUCUUCGUAUGGAGAGAAUUCUUAUGGGGAGCUCUUGCUGGAGGGUUUGGUGAAGGAAUGAUGCAUCCAAUUGAUACUGUAAAGACAAGAAUUCAAAGUCAAGCUAUUCUGAGUGGAUCUCAGCACCAAAAAACUGUGUUGCAAAUGAUUAGAACUGUAUGGGCUGCUGAUGGAUUAAGAGGAUUUUAUAGAGGAGUUGCUCCUGGAUUUACUGGGUCUCUUUUAACUGGAGCAACUUAUUUUGGUUUCAUUGAGUCUACCAAAAAGUGGAUUGAAGAAUCACAUCCUAACCUUGGGGGUCACUGGGCCCACUUCCUUGCAGGGGGCAUGGGGGACGCACUUGGCUCUUUUGUAUAUGUUCCAUGUGAAGUGAUAAAGCAACGGAUGCAGGUUCAGGGAACGAUUGAUUCUUGGAAUACUGUGAUCUCAAAGGCUGAGAGUGGUAAGAUUCCUGGAGUGCAUAUGUACGGUUACUAUAAUGGAAUGUUUCAUGCUGGACGCUCAAUAUGGAAGGAACAAGGGCCAAAGGGUCUAUAUGCUGGGUAUUGGUCUACACUAGCUAGAGAUGUGCCUUUUGCUGGCUUGAUGGUAAUGUUUUAUGAAUUACUGAAAGAUUUGACAGAUAAAGGGAUGAAGAAGUGGACAUGUGAUGCAGAAUACCAAAUCAAUAGUACUAUGGAGGGAUUGGUGCUGGGAGGAGUAGCGGGAGGUUUGAGUGCUUAUGUGACGACUCCAUUAGACGUUAUCAAGACUAGAUUGCAAGUCCAAGGGCCAGAUUUAAGGUACAAAGGUUGGUUCCAUGCCAUCCACCGGACAUGGAUGAUUGAAGGCAUGAAGGGAGUGUUCAGAGGUAGCAUCCCAAGAGUCAUAUGGUAUGUUCCUGCCUCUGCACUGACAUUCAUGGCAGUAGAAUUUCUCAGAGAGAGGUUCAAUAGUGGGUCAGAAAAUGAAGAAAAUGAAGUUGCAAGCAUCUCGGUUGACAAAAAGGGAUCUUUGAACUAGUGGCUUAAAAACUCUUUAGAAGACGACAUUUUUUUUCCCCAUCCAUUGAUUUACAGAUGAUAUAUUGUUGUAUAGAUUUACGAAUAGUUGAGAUAGGUGUAGUUCCUGUUAUAAAUCUGAUUGAGAUGAAGGAAAAAGCAUAGUGAGGGGAGUUACCCAAUUUUGGAAUCACAAAAAUGAUAUUUUUUUCUGCUUUUGGUUGCCUUACGCUUUAUCUUAUUAUUUCUGAAGCAAAGCAUUUGCCAAUGGUAA